CAGGCAUCCGAACCCACCCCUCUCGGCCCACCCCAAAGAGGAGCGUGCAGUCUGUCUUCCACCAAUGAUGCGCUCAGGGAUCUUCUGCCUCUGGCCGCUCUUGGCUGCAGUAAUUACUGUGACCAACGCACGCCCUCCUAUGGGCAACGUUGAGCGGGCCACCCCCGGCAAGCUCGUGGUCGCGCAUCACAUUAUUGGGUUCACCGAUCCUUACGCCGUAUCUGACUGGCAGUCCGACAUCCAGCUCGCGUACGAUUCGGGUCUCGAUGGGUUCGCACUCAACGUCGGGAGCGAGUCCUGGGAGCCCACUCAGGUCGCCAACGCGUAUCAGGCGGCCAAGAACCUCGGCCUUGACUUCAAGCUAUUCGUCUCGCUUGACAUGUCGUCCUUUCCUUGCACAACAGCAGACGACGCAUCGAUCCUGCGUGACUAUGUCACCAACUACGCCUCUCAUCCUAACCAACUCCUCUGGAACGGCAAGGUCUUCAUAUCAACCUUCUCGGGCUCGGACUGUACCUUUGGGCAAAGCUCCGCCGCGGCAGGAUGGCAGAGUGAAUUUAUCAACCAGCUAACCGGGUCGAACGCGGUCCACUUCGUUCCUUCAUUCUUUGUUGAUCCGAGCACUUUCACUACCUUCAAUGGCGUCAUGAACGGUGACUUCAACUGGAACGGCGGCUGGCCCAUAGACCUGACCUACGCAUCCGCGCAAUCCGAACUCGGAAGCAACGCCGGAGACUUGGACGACGCUACAUUCCCUUCCUCAGUGGAGGGUACCCUAACCGGGAACAUUGGUGUCUUCGCAACCGAUAGUCAAUACAUCAACGGACUCAACUCAGUUUCAGGCAGCGACAAGACCUAUAUCGCUGCCGUUACCCCAUGGUUCUUUACGCACUACUCUCCGCAGACGUAUAAUAAGAACUGGAUCUAUCUUGCCGACUACUGGUCCUACAACACGCGAUGGGAGACGCUGAUCGAGAAGCGCGAUCAGGUCGACGUUGUGGAAAUCGUGACUUGGAACGACUACAGUGAAUCGCACUACAUCGGGCCGAUUGAGGGCUCUCAGCCGAACUCGCAGGCAUGGACGAACGGUAUGCCGCACCUCGGCUGGCUGGCGAUGACCAACUACUAUGCGACGGCUUUCCGAGAGGGUUCAUACCCAGCCAUCACUAAGGAUCAAAUCUACAUGUGGGCUCGUCCGCAUCCCAAGAACGCAGACUCAUCGGACUCCGUGGGCAAGCCCACCUCCUACCAAUUGACCGAAGACAAACUCUGGGCUGUCGUCUUUGCCCAGUCCAACGCUAUCGUCGUGAUUUCCACAGCCUCGGGGACCACGCAGACGGUCGAUGUCUCCGCCGGUGUGACGAAGCUCUCGAUGGACCUCGUCCCAGGCUCUGGCAUGUCGGCAACGAUGACGCGGAACGGUCAGACCGUCGUGAGCCUCGAGCCCGGGUCGGCCUUUACGUUCAACGCAAGCCCGGAGAUUUACAAUUAUAAUGCAUUUGUCGCCUAUGCGACCUCCGGCUGAUUGGGGCAUCUGCAUCUUGAACAGUGUAUCGUAUAGUGCCGUUCACAUGUAACAGUACAAACAUCAUGAAUACAGGCGAUUCAACCAUUCAA